UGAUGUUAUUAUGCACAAACGACUCUGCUAGAGCCUAGAGAGGAAAAAAAUGGAAUUCGAAAAUCAAGAACACGAAGAAGAAAAUAGAACCCUAAAUUCCGAUCUAGGAAACCAAUCAAUUUCAGAUCCAUUAUCAAAUCAACUCGGCUCAGUAAACGAUCUCUGUUUCGAAAUCUCAUCAUUACAAGACCUAGCAUUUCGAGGUUCAUGGAGAUCAAUUCUAGACAAGAUUUCGAGAUCUCGAAAACUAUCACUUCUUCAAAAACCACACGAACAUUUAAUCUAUCUAUGUUACAAUGUUUUAGCCUUAACAAAACUUCGUAAAUUCAUUGAAGCUUCUGAAGAAUUAGAUACACUUGAAGAUUUUGAAAGUAGUCAAUACAAGUAUGAAACUUAUCCACAGGUUUAUCCAAAUCGGUUUGGUUCAAUGGUUCCUUUUACUCUUCGCUGGAUUCAUGCGGAGCUUCCGAUGAGGUUAGGUAAUCACGGUGAAACUUUAGAUAGAUUAUAUUUAUUGCUUGAUUUUGUUAGGGAGAAAUUAAGAAUCAAAGAAUUGGAGAAAUUUGAUGUUAGUGUUGAGAAUUGGAGGAAAAGAGAAGGAUUCGUUAUUAAUUCUAUAUCUAAUCAUCAUUUGAGUAAUAAAGAAUUUGGUGUUUGUUUGAAAUUAUUGAAAGAUUUAGUUAAUAAGAAUGAAUCGGAUCCGUUGUCUUUAUCGAAAUUAAGUUAUAUUCAGUUGCAAUUUGGUGAUCUUGAGGGAUCGAAGAAUUCAUUUAAUCUCAUUGAGAAUUUGUUGAAGGAUGGGAAUUAUUCUUUAGAUGAAAUAAAGAUGAAGAAUUUAGUAAAUCGUAAUAAAGCUUUGAUUUAUUUGGUUGGAAAUGAUUAUAUAUCAGCUGUGAGGGAGUAUGAUGAGUGUAUUGAGAGAGACCCGACAGAUGUUGUGGCUGUUAAUAACAAGGCUUUGUGUUUGAUGUAUUUGAGGGAUCUUACAGAUUCGAUUAAGGUUUUGGAGAGUGCAUUGGAGAGUAUUCCGACAUUUGCACUGAACGAGACUGUUGUUGUGAAUUUAUGCAGUAUGUAUGAGUUGGCGUAUGUGGGUCACUCUGACGUGAAGAAGACUCUCAACAAUUGGAUUGCCAAAGUUGCUCCUGAUGAUUUUGAUUCGUCUUGUACUCGUGUUUAAGGUUUUCAACGAAGAAGCUAGACUUUUAUAAAAGAAGUGGUAGUCACAGAUGAACCGAAAUUGGAAAGCUGGAAACUGUGUCAGACUUUGGGAAGCCACAGUAUUAGAAAGUUCUGAUGCAGAUAAAAUGGCAGGUCGUGUUUUAUCCGACUUUCUUUUAGAUGUUUGUAAUCAUCUUUGAGCCUGGGAAUGGGGAACUAGGGUAUUGAUCCAGUGAAGGUUGAAUUUCCCGCGAAACUCUAAUAUUGUAAGAUACAAAUACCAUGUUUCAAUUAGUGUUGCAAGAAUUUAAGAGCUCACAACUCUCAGACUGGCAUGCCUUUCACCAAUUAAAUGUGCAUUCCGGCGGGUUAUCUUUUGUUUGAUAUUGACAAGGAUGGAGUUAGAGAAUAGAAAUUUGACAAAUAGCAAUUGCCAAGA